GCCGAUGUUGGUAUCCUUGACGAGGGACCAGCCCCCCCUCCACAGCUUCCCCUCCCCGCGCGAGCACGCGCCUCUCCUUCGACCGCGAGGCUCGCCUUCAGUGCCUGACCGCGUCUCGCCCGCCAUGGAUCUCCGCUGCUGACCCGCGCGGCAUGCGCGACUGACUGAACACUCGAGCCGUCAGAACUGCCACAGCUCUCCGCCCGCGCGCCUUCUCGUAGCCAAGUCACGUCUCCAACAUGCAGGGUGGCGGCAGAGGCAAGUUGUGUGCCAAGCUGUCCAGUGGAUUCCUCAGGAAGUGGUGGGUGGUGAUCCUGGUAGCGCUGGGAAUGCUGGUUUUCGGCGGAAUUGUCGCCAUCUUCUUCACGCAAUGGGUGGAUCUAUUCAUCAACAGCGAGAUCGUGCUGCGGAACGGCUCGCAGACGUUCGACUGGUGGCGCCUGCCGCCCGUCAACCCCGUCAUGAAGGUGUACGUGUACAACGUGACCAACGCCGAGGAGUUCCUCAACGGCGAGAAGCUCAUCCUGGACGAGCUGGGACCCUACGUCUACGUAGAAACGUGGGAGAAAGUCGAGCUGGAGUUCGAAGACAACGGCACGGUGGCUUUCCGCCAGCGCAAGAUCUUCCAGUUCGACCCGGACCUGUCCGCCGGCGACGAGAACGACAUGCUGGUGAUGCCCAACAUCCCGAUGCUUAGCGCCACGUCGCAGAGCAAGCACGCGGCCAGGUUCCUCCGGCUGGCCAUGGCGUCCAUCAUGGACAUCCUCAAGAUCAAGCCGUUCGUGAACGUGACGGUGCACGAGAUCCUGUGGGGCUACGAGGACACGCUGCUCAAGCUGGCCAAGGACGUGGUGCCCAAGGAGCAGAAGCUGCCCUACGACGAGUUCGGGCUCAUGUACGGGAAAAACGGCACGUCCAAGGACCGGCUGUCCGUGUUCACGGGCGCCGGCGACAUCACGAGGUACGGCCUCAUCGACACCUUCAACGGCAACUCGCAGCUGCCGCACUGGAAGAGCGACCAGUGCAACCGCAUCGACGGCAGCGACGGCAGCAUCUUCCCGCCACACAUCACCGAGAACACCACGCUCUACGUCUUCGAGAAGGACCUGUGCCGCAAGCUGCCCCUCAGGUUCCAGAAAGAAGUGGAUACUGCAGGAGGAGUGAAAGGAUAUCGAUUUUCCCCACCGAAAGAUGUUUUCGCUGAAGUGGCGAAAAACCCUGACAACGAAUGUUUCUGCCCUUCUGGUCCACCAUGUGCUCCUGAUGGCUUUUUCAAUGUCAGCCUUUGUCAGUACGAUUCACCAGUUCUCCUUUCAUUCCCUCACUUCUACCUGGCCGACCAGAAAUAUCGGACUGCAAUUGAUGGAAUCAGCCCACCAGACCCAGAAAAGCACCAACUGUACAUAGAUGUACAACCGCAAAUGGGAAUAGCGCUGAGUGCUCGAGCGAGGAUACAGAUAAAUCUUGCCGUCAGCCAGGUUGUGGACAUUAAGCAAGUUGCAACGUUUCCUGAUAUUAUUUUCCCCAUACUGUGGUUUGAAGACGGUAUCGAUGGGCUUCCGGUCGAAGUGACGGACUUGUUGAACCUUGCAACAAACGCACCCCCUGUGGCUCGAGCAGCCCUCUCUUAUGGUCUUUUUGCACUUGGGGGAGUUCUUCUGGUGAUGGCAGUCAGCUGUUUGGUUCGCUCCAGUGGGCGUCAGGAGACACUCAACUUGGAAGGCACCAACCACUAUGUCAAACCCGAGAAGAAAAUCAACAGGAACAAACAGGAAGGAAAGAGCAUGGACAUCAUGAACCCCGCAUUUGUCGGAGGUCCAGAAAAUGGCAAGACAGUUUAGCACCAUCUUGGAAUUGAUACUUCAGACAUCACAAUGUCAUUCACAUUCAGAGUUUCUUAAAUACUAUGACAAUGUUGCUGUAAUGAACAGUUUUACUUGACCAUAUUUGGCCAUAUCUGCUCUCCCGGGUUGCGUUCUUCCCCGAAACAGAAUGUGCUGGUGCCAGUUUGUUUAGUUUUAAGGACAAAAAGUUUCUUAAAUGUGAAAAGUGAGAAAUAACUCUUCUUCGGGUAUCUUUGCACAAUUUUUUUCCUCCUGCAGGUGUUUGGUGGGAGGGAAUGGCACAUACAUAGGUUCUCUGUUUAAUGUAUGUCAACAUUUUCUAGGUAACACAGUGUAGAAUACUGUAUUCAUAGCACAGGAGAUAUAUAUGUGAUUAAAUGUAAUCUUUAGCCAUCCCACCUGUUUCACAACAAAUUCAAAAUAAAAGAAAAAAAUUCUGAACUUAAACGUUACAUGUUUUUAAGAUGCAGCCUUGCUACCAAAGUGCCAGAUGUCUCUAUUCAUGAGCAAAAACGAAUUAUUUCUACCAAGCCUGAGAUUCAUACAAUGACAAUUGGGGUUACACCGGAAGUUGUGCUGUAGCUUGUCGGCCUUAUGUAGGUUGUGUACCGACUAAUAUGUAGCAUUCAAAAAUAAUUCUCAUGAUGUUCCUUUGCAGAUAGUUUAAGCAAAGCUUAAUUUCCUAUAGUUUAUUAGGACAUUUAAAAGCUAUGUUGAAAGUUCCAAGUGUUGUUAAAAAGAAAUUAUUUUCAUAAUAGUGGGAAAGAAAGUGAUAAUAGUGAACAGCUGAUGUAAUAAUUUCUUUUUUACAUUGCUAUGGCUGAUGUAGUAGACUUGACGUUACAGAACUGAAAAUGUACAAAUUAUAUAACCAUCAUUUAAUUUUUGGACUGUCUGUUAAAUGUUUACAUUACUAUUCAUACAUUAUUUGGACAAGAAAUAGCUUUUAACUAGGUUGAAACUGUGGUGUAACGAAACAGUGUGUACUUGAGUACUUUUUUUUCCUUCAGAUAUAUAUGAUGGCUUUUUCAUGGUGAUUUCACCUAGCAUCUACUAUAGAAGACUGUUUGUCGUAAAACUAAUUAUUUAAUUAAAAUAUUACGACCAGUAAAAGAUUAAAUUAAAGAAUAGCUUACCCUUCAAAUUACUUUUGAUCAAAAAUGUGACGUACCAUUUAUGUAAUGCCAUAAAGUAAAAAUAGAUACAUGAGUAUUAUGCUUACAUAAACUUUAGCUAAAGUGUCAAAAUUAUUAGUUAAAAGUAAACAAAGCUAAUGAAUAAUGGUACCGUACCCAAACUUGUGUUUUUGCUACAUUGACAGAAUGUAGAUUUCAUUACCAAACAACUGAUUGAUUAGUAACAUUUUAACUAUUGUACGUUUCAUUUGGUAAAUGUUCCCAUAGUUUUGCCGAAGUGUUAUUGUUUCCUUUAUCCUUCCAUGAUUUUUUUUUUAAUUAAUCAAAGUGUUGUAUCAAAGUAGGGAAAUCUAUUACAUGAUAGAUCAAUGACAUCAUAAUGCAAUAAUUUCACCAUUAUGGUGUAAAGUAAUUGAUGACAAAUAAUUUUUUUUAAAGUAUUUUCAUGUGUACAGUUUUGCUCAAUCUAACUAUAAGAAUUUUUAAUGUAGGUUAUGUGUUGUUCAGUUAAAGAAUUGAAUCAUAUAAAUGUCAGAAUUGAGUGAAUGGUUAGUAAAUCAUUACUGAACACUAUGGUUCAUGUCAAGAGUAGUGUAUGUUAGUAAAGUUUAUGAGAUAAUAAUGUCACAACAUUAUACUCAGUUUUAUUCAUUUUUAAAGAGACAGUGUACUAAAUUUAAAUUUCAUUUCUGAGUGGACCUUUAAUAUCUACCCUUCCACAUUUUACUAUCCACUAAAAGCUUCACAUUUAACUUUUGAAAAAGUACAAAAUAUAAAUCUUCAUAAUUUUGGUUAUAAAAAUGUCUUCUUAGUUUAGCUACCUAUAUGUAUUAAUAUGGCCCUGCUUCAGUUUUGUCUUUGCAAUUAUCUUCUACUAGUGUUAGUGCUGAAAUUAUACUUUAUGGCAAGUAUGAAAUACUUACAUAGUGUCAACUUAAAACAAUACAUGCUAUUAAAAUUUCAUUUUGAAUUGUAGUAAGAUUCUUCCACAUAUGUAUGAAGAAAGGCUCUGUGUAGUAUGUAAAUCCCUUAACCAUGAACUAAAGAGUGAAAUUAUUGCUACAAAACAUGUUAUGUUGAUUUUAUAUCAAAUUCUGUUUUAUUAAUUGUUUAUUAAUUAGGUAGCCUUUCAUAUUUAACUGUUAAAUUUAUAAAUUUUUAUUAUUUGUUAGACUUUCCCUGAAACCACAUGCAUGCUAUAUAACAACACAAAUAUUUUGUCAUUUUAAAGAUAGGUAUCUAAUUGGUUGUUUAUAAAAUUGUUUAUUAAAAUUGUACUCAAAUAAAAUACCAUAGACAAUAACAUUUAUUUAUCUUCUUUGAAUCUGUAUUAACUAUUAGGAACAUAUAGUGUACCUAAUAAUUUCCAACUAGACUGGCUUUAAUAUUGUGACAUAUUGUAUUCUGAAGAAACUCAAAUGACUUUUUUGGUGCUUUUGCCAUAAUAAGGAUUUCAAAAUAAGUUUUAUGAAAGUAAAUAUUUACAAAAAAACAUGUUUCAGGAAAGAAAAUUUUUUAAACCAUGAGUUUUCAUUGUUAACUUAAAUUUAAUAUCAAAGACGUUAUAUUUUGAAGAGAAUAUAUAUUUUUUACAUUUGGGUAAUUUUUGUAAAAAUGUCUUUUAGUUUUGUUUGUUAAUAUUUUUAUAGUAAAGGUAAAUUUGUUUUGAUUGUACUUAAACUGAAGUAAAAUAAAAUUUUUGACAAGAA